AUGUCUACCGGCUGCUCCCAAUCGCCCUCCACCCUAUAUCAAGGACUGACGGCGGUGCACAGCACUAUAUCGUGGAGUGCUUCGUUCUACCCACAACCUUGGAUGAACUGGCAGCGUCGCUCAACACUGGGCCUGGCCAUCGACUUUCCCACUCUGAACGUCCUCGGGUUUGUCUGCUACACCAUCUCGACCUGCAGUUUCCUAUAUUCGCCGACCAUACGGGCGCAAUAUGCUGCCAGACAUCCGGCGUCGCCCGAGCCCACUGUCCGGCUUAACGAUGUGGCAUUCGGGGUGCAUGCCACCAUCAUGGUACUCCUGAUCUAUUCUCAAUUUUUCAAAUGGCCCUGGUACUUCAAGGUCUCCUCUCGUCAGCGCGCCAGCGGGCCCGUGCUGGGCAUCGUCGGUGGGAGCCUUGUCGCCAUUGCUGCCGUUGCCAUAUUGGUUUUGCGCCGUGCAGGGUGGCAGCAGCAUGAUCCACUAGACUGGGCCUGGCUCGAUGUGAUUUAUACCUUGGGUUAUGUGAAGCUCACUUGCACGUUUGUCAAGUACAUUCCGCAAGCCUGGGUCAACUACAAGCGCAAGUCAACCCAAGGAUGGAGCAUCCUGCAAAUCCUUUUCGAUCUGACUGGUGGCAUUCUGUCACUGCUGCAGCUAGUCAUCGAUGCCAGUCUCCAAGGUGACUGGAGCGGCAUCACCGGAAAUCCUCUGAAGCUAGGACUUUCGAACAUCAGCAUUGCUUUUGAUGUGAUCUUCAUUGUGCAGCAUUACCUUCUCUAUCCUGGCCACGCCGAUCUUUCCAUAGAGGCCGAGGACGACUCUGAGCAGCCGCUGCUCGCUCAUUGA